CCAACCACAGCUGAGCAGCAGCCAACAAGCAAGACGAAGAGCCAAUCAAAGGCUCCUUUGAAAACUCCAGGAUGAAGAUGACUUCAGUGCUAAUUUGCCUCACCCUGGGCCUGGUUCUGGUCUUUGGGAAAGGGUCUGCUUUACAUCUUCAAGAGUCCCACACAGCCCAUCAGGCCACUGACUUCGGAGUAAAAGUGUUUAAGCAUGUGGUCCAGGCCUCCAAGGAUCGGAACGUGGUUUUUUCUCCCUAUGGGGUGUCCUCAGUGAUGGCCAUGCUGCAGCUGACCACAGCAGGGAAAACCCAGCGGCAGAUCCAAGACGCUAUGGGAUUCAAAAUCAACGGGACCUGGAGCUGGUCCAGGGCUUCAUGCCCAACUUCUCCAAGCUCUUCCGGACCACAGUGAAGCAGGUGGACUUCUCAGAGGUGGAGAGAGCCAGAUUCAUCAUCAAUGACUGGGUGGAGAGGCACACCAGAGGUAUGAUCAGUGACUUACUUGCCAAAGGGGCUGUGGAUCAGCUGACACGCCUCAUUCUGGUGAAUGCCCUCUACUUCAACGGCCAGUGGAAGACCCCCUUCUCAGAGUCCAGCACCCACCACCGCCUCUUCCACAAGUCUGAUGGCAGCACCGUCUCUGUGCCCAUGAUGGCUCAGACCAACAAGUUCAACUACACUGAAUUCACCACUCCUGAUGGCCACUACUACGACAUCCUGGAACUGCCCUAUCAUGGAGAAACCCUUAGCAUGUUCAUCGCAGCGCCCUUCAAAAAGGAAGUGCCUCUCUCUGCCCUCACCAACAUUCUGGAUGCUGAACUCAUUCGACAAUGGAAAGGGAACAUGACCAGACUUCCCCGACUUCUCAUCCUGCCUAAGUUCUCUCUGGAGACUGAAGUGGACCUCAGAGGGCCUCUGGAGAAUUUGGGCAUGACUGACAUGUUUAGCCCAACCCAGGCUGACUUCACGAGUCUUUCUGAGCAAGAGCAGCUCUCUGUAGCUCAGGCCCUGCAAAAAGUCAAGAUCGAGGUGAACGAGAGUGGUACGGUGGCGUCUUCCUCCACAGCCAUUCUAGUCUCAGCCCGCAUGGCCCCUCAGGAGGUGAUCAUGGACCGACCCUUCCUCUUUGUGGUUCGGCACAAUCCAACAGAGACAAUCCUCUUCAUGGGCCAAUUGAUGGAACCUUGACAGCAGGAAGAGAAGCCUUCACUCGGGACAAAACUGGAGCUGUUAUAAGCAGAAACUCUGAAGAAAAGACUCAUUUCAAGUACUCUUUCGGGAGAAGGAGAAGGCAUUUCCCUUCACUCCCACAGUGGGAAAUCUUCCAACAGCCUCCCAGACCUCGGACUCUCGAAGGAAAAAGAGUCUAACUCACUCACUAGAGUUAGACUCCCCUGUUCCACCAAGAUCUCUAAUCCAGACACAGAACUAACAGAGCCUUCAUCUGGCCAUCUUUCUAACAUUCAGACUUUGGAUCUGGGUCCCACCAGUGCCCCAGCGGGGUGGGGCCACAAGGCUGUCACUCAGCAUCCUUGGGCAAAAAAAUCACUGGCCACCUCUUGCACCUUUUGCAGUUGCUGAGGUGGGUGCCACAAGCUAAAGGGAGAAACACUGCCUUCUCCCAAGGUACACCGCGGGAAUGACCGCCUUGCCCGGCUCCCAGGGGCAGCAGGUGGACAGAUCAAGUGUUUGCCCAGUAUUGAGCCCUGUCCCAGCUCCUUUUGUGCCCUCCCCUGACACCGCAUAGGUUAUUUCAGAGUGUAGGUGACUUGUUUACAUAGCUUUUUUCAACCCACAACCCUUUUUCUUUUGGGAACAGGGAAAGAAAGGUCAGAUGUGUGUGUGCCUGGCUCAUCAUCCCCAAUCUCCCUGUCGGGGUGCAGGGGAGAUGCCAGGGGUGUGCUUGAAUAUUUAUCACAUUCUUCCUCUUGUGUGCUUGUUGGAGAGAAAAAUAUAUUGUUAAGGAAAAAUCAUUUUAUUUAAGUCAUGGCACACGGUGUCCCAUUUGGGGUCUAUAUCCCUGUAUCUCAGGGGUACGGCACUCUACAAGCCUGCCCCUCCGGGUGGCCCUAGUGAUGGGAGUUCACACUGCCGCCUAGUGGCAGCCCACGUUAAAGGAAGAAGAAGAAAAAAAGAUUGGGUGGAAGAGAGAUUUGAGGGAGGGCAAAGUGGUUUCAAAUUUUUCCAAUGCAUUCAAGAGCAGAAUGGCAAUAGGGGCUGUGUGACCUAACAGGACAGAACUUUCUCCAAUUACUGGGUGACUCAGAGCCGCACUGGUGACUCACUUCAAUGUGUCAUUUCCGGCUGCUGUAUGUGAGCAGUGGACACGUGGGGGAUGGGGGUGGGAUGAAAGAGACAGCCAGCUCCCGGUCAACCACCUUAGUUAGAUAAUCAUUUUUGAAAGCCUCCUUAGCUGGGGUAUGAUCAGAAAACCAAUUUACUGAAAAACUGCACAAGAAGGUAGCGUGAAUGCAAUCUCAUAGCAGGCCACUCUGCAUCCAUUAUGUCUCCACCGGAAGAAAAAAACAAAACCCAUUCUCUUUGGUUUUGUUUCUCUCUCUUCCUCUCCCCUCUCUUCUUCCUCUACUCAUUAUGCACUGGACAGCCAUACACCGUGUACCCACAGAGGCCCCAAUGUGGGGGUCAAAUGUUCUUGAAUUUUGUUGGUAACAUGCUUUUUUUUCACUUUUGAUAUAUAAACAGGUGAAUAUGUCUUUAAAAACAAUAAAAACAAAUAAUAUGCAAACAAAA